AUGAGACUCGCCCACCUCCACCUCCCAAGCACAACGCCCUUCGCGCGAGUCUCCGCACUGCAACAAGCCCUCACAACGCGCUUCCUAACGCACAAAAAACUAGCCUCACCCGGCUCAAUCUCCUCCCAAGAAACCACACACGCAAACGACCUCGCCAAAAAGGCAACCCCGCCACCGCCAGACCCAACAAUCAUCACAUUCUCCCCAAACCCAGUCUACACAACCGGCCGCCGCGACCUCCCACCCUCAAACACGACAUGCACCCAACCGCCCGAUCUCAAAAACCUCUCCCUACCCAGCGCUCUCGAACCAAUCCGCUCGAUCCUCUCGCUCGGACCGGAUGGUCAGCCUCCAAGAGCGGAGUAUCACCCCCCCCUCCGCGGCGGACAGACUACAUACCACGGCCCGGGCCAAAUGGUCGCAUACACAAUUCUAGACCUAAAACGCCUCGGCCUAACACCAAGAUGCCACAUCCGCGUUCUAGAAAACAGUGUCAUCGACCUACUCAAGAAAUACGGCGUGGAGGGCUUCGUGACCGAAGACCCGGGCGUGUGGGUGAAAGACCGCAGCCGUAGCGACGCCGCUGCGAGAAAGAUCACCGCCGUGGGCGUGCACUUACGGCGGAAUAUCAGCAGUUUUGGCGUUGGGUUGAACGUUACGCAGGAGCCGAUGUGGUUCUUUCGGCAGAUUGUUGCGUGUGGGUUGGAGGGCAAGGAAGCGACUAGUCUUGAGGGGGUGGGUGUUGCGGGCGUGAGUGUUGAUGAGGUUGCGAGCGGGUUUGUGGAGGGGUUUGUUCGGAGGGUUAAUGAGGAUUUUGCUUGUGGGGAGGGGGCGUCUGGUGAGAAGAUUGAGGAGGUUUAUAUGGUUAAUGAGGAGGAUCUUUUAAGGGAGGUUAAUUUCUAG